GCAGCCCAAGGAGCACCUAAAAGGGGCAGUAAGUGGCAGUGGAUCAGAGAAGGAACAAUGGCAGGGGCUUGGAGGGCACUCGUGCUGGUGGUAGGCUUGGCAGCAGUGGCCUGUGUGGCCCAACGCCGUCAGAGUUAUUAUGAGAAGCUUGUCACCCAGGCCUUGCAGUUCUUCAACUAUGGGCGACAAGGACAGCCCCUCUUUGGUUUGCUGGAAGCUGUCCCCCCGCCUAGCUCGAACUCCACCACCAGGACACUGCUCAACUUCAGGAUCAAAGAGACGGUGUGCCUUUCAGGAAGGCAGCGACAACCCCAGGAGUGCGCCUUCAGGGAUGGUGGGGAGGAGCGGAACUGCACGGGUUUCUUCUUGAGGCUGAGGCGUUUCCGUGUCCUGACGGUCGACUGCCCAGGCCGCCAAGAGGUCCUGAGGGAGAAGCGGUCUACAUCCCCGGAGGCAGCCACUUCGGAGAUUGACAGCUCCAAGCUGCCACCUGUGGUCAGAGACAUGUACGAGAAAGCCAAGUUCGACAUCAUCUCCAAUAUCCUGAGGAAUUUCUAGAGCUGCAGAAGGAAGGGGAGGCCCCGUACCCCUACCACAAGCUCCUCUUCCCACCCGUCCACUCCCUCUGUUGUCUGUAAGGACACAGAUCAGGCUCACUUUGGUAGUCUUAAUCUCAUUUGAUGGGGCAAGAAUGUCCUUAACCGCUGUCCGUUGGCCUGGGGGACUGGCGCCAGGCAAAGU